AUGAAGAGGGGAAAGGAUGAGAUUAUCGAAAUAUGUUCCCUGCUAAAUAAUAAUAAAGAUAAAAGCAUAAACAAAGGAAUAAGAACAUUAUGUUUGUUUAUAAUAAAUAAUGACUCUAUAUCAGACGAUGAAUAUAAUAAUUAUGUUAGAUUAUUGAUUGAAAAUAAUUAUUUUCGUGUAAUAUAUUUUUUAUUAUGUCGUGAAGUAGAAAAUGUGAAAUCUUCAAAAAUAAUACAAGAUGUUGAUUUAGAGUUUAUUGAAAUAAUUUUUUAUACAUUAAAUUGGGUAUUUCGAAAAUUGUUUGGGGGAGGUAACAUUUAUACGAAGGAUAAAAAUGAAUUCGAUAAUGGAAAAAUAAAAGUAUCUAAAUUUGUUUACAAGGAUGGAAAUAUAGAGACAUAUAUAAAAAAUGGGAUAUUUGAAGAAUCUCAUGAAUUUUCAAGGAUCGGAAUAUUAUUGUGUGAAAAUUUGAAGUUUGUUGAAGUUAUUGCAUUAGCUAAUAUUUCCUAUAAUGCAAUAUAUAUAUUAAAUUGUAUUUUUUAUUUUUUAUUAUAUCAUAAAAGAUUUAAUGAAGUUUUUUUAAGAUCCCCUUUGUUGUUAAGCUUGAUUAAAAUAAGAGAAAAUUUGGAAGAUUUUUCAAAUAUAAAAAAUAAUGACAAUAUAUUUGAUAGCAUGGAAGAAGAAAAUAUAGAUAAUGGAAGUGACAUGGGUGGAAAAAAUGAAUUAUACAACGGAAGCGAUAUAAUGGAUAUUAAAGAAAAAAGUGAUGGAUCAAGUGAUGUAAAUAAUAAAAUUAAUGAAAGUGAUGGAAAAAAGAAAAAAAAAGUUUCAAAUAAUACAGAUGAAAUAUUAAUAUGCAAUUAUAGUUUUGAAAAAGAAUUAGUCUUUUUAUAUAAACAUUUAGCACUAAAAAAUUUGAAACGUCAAACGAAUAAAAAUAUUAAUCAAGUAUCGGAAAAUUGUGAUUUUUAUGGUGAGUUAUUAAUAAGAAAACAAAAUGGAGAAAGCAAAAUUUUUAAAGAAGAAAUAAUAAAUGUAGAGAAGAAAAUUAAAAAAAUAAAAAAAAAGUUAAAGAAAAUUAAAGGAAAUAAUAAUGAUAAUAUUCGUGAUUUAAUUGAAAGUGGAUCAGAUUUUGAAAUAAUGAGAGUAACUAUAUUAAUUUAUUUUUUAUAUUGUUAUUUAUUUAUUGGGAAAAAUCAUUAUUUACAUAAAAAUUUUGAACAAUUAUGUAAUGAGAUAUAUGAAAUAUAUAGAAAUAGUAUUGAUGUGGUGAAACUUUAUAUUUUGUUAUGUACAUAUGAAAUACUAAAGAAAGGUGAACAUUAUAAAUAUAUUAACAUAUUUCUAGUUAUUAUGAAAUUACAAAAUAAUUUCUUAAAUAAUAUUCAGAUCGAGAUGAAAGAAAAUGUUACUUUUAUUUUAAAUGAAGUUUUGAAGUAUAAUGAAUUUUCCCACAUAUAUAAAAAAAACAAAUUUAAUGAUAAAGUUAUAUUUCUUUUAAAAUUAUCAAAAGAGUCAUAUAAAGAAACGGAUAAUCAAUUACAAAAUAAUUUUGAUGGAAUAAUGGACGAAAAUAUUGAAAAAUCAAAAAGGAGUUACAUUUUAGUUAUAAAUUUUAAUAGAAAACAAUGUAUGCAAACAGAUAAUAAUUAUAAUGAUACUAUAAUAAAUUUUGCUAAAAAUGUUAAAAGAAAUAAAUUUGAACAAAUAAAUAAUAACUUUUUAUUAUUAACUGAUAAAAAGGAAAUUCAUCGAAUUUGUAUGAUAUUUAAAAUUAUAGAAUUGUAUGUGAAAAGUUGUUCCACAGAAAUACAUCAAUUAUUUGUCAUUAGUCCUAAUUUGAAAGAAGAAGAAAAUGUCAAAAUAUUUAAAAGUAAUACAUCAACAAAUAAUAAUAGUCUUAAAAUUGGAAAACCUCAUAAUAAUAAAAAAACAAUGAAUGAUAAUUUGUUUGCACUUUUAACUGAUUUAAAUGUAAAAUACUUUCUUAAUCAUUAUGUAAUUGUAAAAACAUUAGAAAAACAUAAGCAUUUUAUUAAUAUGUAUUAUAAUAGUAGCAGAUUAUAUAAAAUAUUAAUUUCUGGGAAUAUAUAUAUAUUUAUAUUUCUUAAUUUAUAUAUCGAAUUAAAUAAAAUAUUUUUCAUCUAUAAAACAAAGUCAAAUUUUGGUAUAUCUAUAAAAAACGAUGAAAGAAAUGUAGCAUUUGAUAAAUUGUUUAACAGAAUAGCGGAAUGUGGUGUGACUGAUAUAAACAUCGGGAAGAGCAUAUGUUCGUUUAAUUAUGAGAAAACAGAGAAUGAAUAUGAUGAGAUAAACAAUGGUGGGGAACACAACUUGACGCCAAGUAAUAAAAGCAAGAAAAGAAGAGUUAGUAUAAAAGGUGAUAAUAUUGAAGACGAAACAACGAUAAUUGAAAAAAAUCAAUUAAAAAGAAAGCAACCAAAACAGGUGGAACAAAAUGAAAAUAACAUAAAUUUUGAAAAUAAAAUGGAUAAAAAUGAAACUGACAAAAUGUGUCAACAAAAAUAUCAGUAUAAAUAUAUAUAUCAAAGGAUUAAAGAUGAAAUUGUUCAUAAAACAAAUUUUUUAGUGUUAUGUAAAGAAGUUGUAAAUUUAAAAAUUGUUGUAGAAUUGUAUAAGAAUAAAAAAAAAAAAUAUAUAUAUAAUAACAAUGAAAUAAUACAUAAUGAAGACAUUUUAAUUCAAAAUAUGAAAGAAGAAAAUGAUUAUAUUUAUAGUGAAGAAAACGAAAUAAAUUAUAAAAAAAAAUUAGAAGAAUUAUUAUUUUUUUUUAUACCUAUGCAAAUUACAAAAUAUUUAUUAAAAUUUGUUUUGAAAAAAGAGCGACAUUAUUAUUUUAAUUAUUCUAUAAUGUCCUAUUUAUAUUAUAUAUUUGAAAUAUAUAAAUGUAUUUCCUUGUUUAUUUUAUCUCUUCAAUCUUAUAUAAACAUUCCGAAAGGAAUAAAUAAUGAAAUUUUACUCAAAAGCAUAAAGUUGGAUUUAUCAAUAAUAUUUUAUAACAUUAUUAGCCCAUAUUAUUUAUUAGACAUUACAUAUAUAAAUAUUUGCUUGUCAAAUAGUAUUAAUAAUGUAGAAACUCAUAAAAAUGGAAAUACAUUAGCAAGUAAUGAUAACAAUAAUAAAGGGGUAAAGAAAGAUGGUAAACAUAAUAUCAAUAGUAAGAAAAAAACAAACUUUGAAGAGGAAUAUUCAAGUGGUAAUGAUUCGGAUAAUUAUGUUUUCAACAUAGAGGAUAAAACAAAUACGAUGUUAAUGUAUAAAUUAGAUAAAAAAAAAGAAGAAAAGGAGAAUUUGUUAAAUUUACAUUAUUUUAUAAAUAAUGUAUAUAUAAAUAAUAACAAUUCAACUAUAUUUUAUUUUAUAGUUUUAAGGAGUUUUAUAAAUUUAUUUGAUGAAUGUGAAUUGAAGAAGAAGCUAAUAUAUGAAUUAUACAAUAAAAAAACAAUUCUUGAAAUAAAUAAUUUUACAUUAUUUUCAAAAAUUAAUGAUAAUAUUUAUAAAAUAUUUUUAAAAUUAUUUAUAGAAAAACGUUAUUUCACCAUUGAAAGUUACAAUUUAGUUAACUCUUUAUUCCACAUGUUUAUAUAUUAUAAAAAUAAAGUCAUAGUGGAAAAAAAUGAGGCAAUAAAAAAUAAUAGUAAAAAUUAUAGUAUUUAUGAAAAGUAUUAUAAUUUUAUGGAAAAUCUUGUAUACAAAAUUUUAAAAAAAACAAAAUAUUUUGAUAACAAACACUUGGAUAUUUUAUUUAUAUUUCUAAUUUUUUUAAGAAGUAUAAAUAAUUCACGAGAGUUUCUUAUUGUUAUUUCAGUAUUUUUAAGAAUUUUUAAUUUGUUUAAUACAAAAAUAACGCAUUUGGAGGUUUAUUACAAAAGUGAAAGGUCAAAAAAAUGCACAGAAGAAAAUGUAAUAAAUUACACCGCCAAAAAACGUAGAAUAACAAAUUAUGAAAAUUCAUCUGUUUUGGGUUUAAUUAUUGAUUAUUUUUUUACUAAUAACAUAAAAUCUCUAUGUAAUAACAUACCAAUAUUAAAGGUUUUUAAUGAUAAUAAUUCAGAAAAGGAAGGACAAAAUAAUAAGAAUAAUACCAACCUAUAUGAAUAUACUGUCAAUGACGUUGUACAAUUGUAUAAAAAUUAUGUAAAUUUUGUUAAAUAUAUUAUUUUGUUUAAUCCAUAUAUAUAUUUAAAAUUUAAAAAUAAAUUAAAAAAUAAAAAAUGUUUGAGUGAACUGUUUUUUACUAUUACUAAAAAGGGAAAGAAUAGUUUUACAAAUUCAAAUCUUGAUAAAGGUUUACAGACAAAUGAUAAUAAGAAUAAUACUUCACACGAAAGUUGUAACCAACCAAGCAAUAACGAUUUGAUAGAAAAAAAUAAAAAAGAUGAAAAUGACAAUAAUGAAAAUAUAUACUUUCCUUAUAAACAAGAAAUGGAAGAAUACGAUGAAACGUUUCAAAUUUUUUUGAAAUUUCAAAAAAGUGUAAAAUUAUUUUUAAAAGAAAUAAAAUUAAAUAAAAACAAUGAUACAACUAAAUAUAAAUCGAAAAUUGAGAAAAUAUGCACAAUGAAGAUGAAUUUAGAAGCAAAGAAUAAUGAACAAUAUUUAAUGAAUAAUAAAGAUGAUUUAUUAAAAAAUGAUAAAGGAAAUAACAUAGAUUGUAAUACUAUCAGAGAAUUAGGAGAAGUUUUGAGCAAAUGCAAAAAUGUGUUAAAAGCUUAUUUAAACGAACAAAAUAUAUUUCCAUUUGAUUCAAAAUGUAAUGAAGAAAACGGAAAUGAAAUGGAUGAAGAGGUAGUGUUUUAUAAGAUAUGUAAUAUAACACAUAUUUUAAUUAAUUAUUAUUAUAUUAAUUAUAUAUAUAUAAAAAAUAAUGAUAUAGAUAAUAUAAAUAUAGAUAUCGCUAUAUAUUUAAUAAAAAAUAUAAAUUUUAUACUAAAGGUAUAUCUUAAAAUUUGUAUGAACAUAAAUAUAAAAUUUAGCUUAUUAAUGAAAAGAAAUUGGGAAUAUAUAGAAAUAGAAAAUAUGAUUAUGAAUCGUAAAAAUUUAAAUAAAAAUAAAUUUCAUUCUAACCAAUUUAUUGAAAAAAUUAACAAGAUGAAUAAAAAAAUGUUUAUAUAUUUUUUGAAUAUUUUCAAAAAUGAAUCGUUUAAAAAUUUAUUGAGCUUAUUGGAGAAUGUGGGGAAAAAAAAUAGAGACGUAUAUGAAAGUUUUAUUUACCUUAAUUUAUGUUAUAUAUAUAAAAAUGUAUAUUUCUGUAAAUUAAAAAAGGAAAAUCAUAUAAAUGUGCUAGUUGAUAAUUUAACAUUUUUAAUUAAUGCAAUAGUAAGACAUGAUAUAAACAGAACAAACGUUCUUUUUAAAAAAAACAUAUGUAACAUGGUUUUUUUUUUAUUAAAAAAAUUGCAAACAAAGGAAUGUUUUAUAAAUAAAUUAAUUAUGAAUUCUUAUUUUUGUAAUAAAAUAAAAAAUAACAUUGAAGAUACACAAAAGCAAAAUGAUAAAAUUACAAGCUCAGAGAAAUUCAAUGAUUUCGAGCAAAUAGAUAAGUCAAAUCAAUUUAUUGUAGAGGAAGCCCUUUCAUUUUUUCUUUAUUAUAUGAGCAAUGAAAAUAUUAUGCAAAGUCAUUUGAAGAAUAUUAAUGAAAAUAUUAUUAGUAAUACAUCAUUACUAAUUAAUAAUAUCAUAAAAAAUAAAGGAAUAAAUGUAACUACUAAAAUUGCAGUAAAAAAAUUGUGGAAUUUGUAUAUUAAUAAAAUCUAUUCAUAUAAUGACUUAUUAUUAAAUUAUGAUUUAAUUAAGAAUAUUACAAUCUUUAGUUUAUCAAAUAAUUUGGAUAGCAAUAACAAAAAUAAUGAUAUGGGUGCUGGUAAAAAUAAUUUAAUUAUUAAAAAAAUAAAAAAUGAUAAAAUACAUUUUUUAAAUUAUAAAGAUAUAGAAAGAGAAAUAAAAAGUUGUAUAAUUUAUAAUUAUAUGACGCAUUUUGGAAUUGAAACAUUAAAAGACGAAGAAAAUGUAAAUAUGAGUAAAGAAAAUUAUAUUAUUAUGUAUAUCUUAUAUUUUAUGAAAAAUUAUAAUGAGUGUGAAUUUUUCGAUAAAACACAUAUUAACGUUUUGGAAAAAAUCACUUAUAAAAAAGUUUUAAAACUUAAAAAACAUAUAUUUACAAACGAAUUUGGAGAAAUGUGUUUAAAUAAAAUUAUAUAUUCAUACACAAAUGUAAGAAAUAAAAACAAAAUUGAUUUUCUUUUAUUAAAUACGAAAAGGAUGAGAAAUAAGAAUUGUCUUUUUGUAGCCAUGUCUAUAUUAUAUUUUCUGGGGAAUUUAUUGAAAAUGGAAAAUCGAGUAACUAUGUUCAAUAAAUAUAAUAAAAAUAUAAUACGAAGAAUAUGUAAAGUCGUUUUUCUUUAUUUUUAUGAAUAUUUUUUUGAAAAUGAUGUUAAGAAGAAUAAACAUAUUUUUAAAUCGUAUAAUAGAGUAGUUUUUUUUACGUAUAUAAAAUAUUUUAAGCAGUUUAAGAAAAAUGAAUCGAAUAGUAACAUCGAGGAUAAUGAUGAAUCAUAUAAAUCUGACCAUGUAAAUAAUGAACAAAAUCCAAGAAUCAACAAGUUUGUUGAUGUCGUUUUAAAAGGCAAUACAAACGAUUUCCAUAUCAUGCUAAUGCUAUUAUUAAACUUGAUUAAUAAGAAUAAGAACAAAUUUUAUAUUGAAAAUGUGAUAGACAAACGUUUUAAUUCUGUAUUAGUUAAUAUUUCGAAUAUUUUUAAAAGGAAUAACACAAAAAAUUUGUAUUACACAGAUAUUAUGAAAGAAUACAUAUAUACUUUUUGUGAUAGUGAUAUGAAUAAUAUAGUAAAAUACAAAGAAAAUAUGAAUUAUAUAUCAUUUAACAUAUAUUUCCUACUAUUUAAGUAUAUGAAAUUAAGAGAUUUGAAUUUGUUAAAUAUGAUUGAAUCAUUUUUUAAAGAUGAGGGUAUAGAAAAAACAAUUUUAUCUCAAAUAGAUGAAUACAAAAAGAAGAAAAAAAAAAACGAUGAAAAAAUUUUAAUUUACAUUUUAAAGUUAAUAAAAAUAUUUUAUGAAGAAUGGUAUAGUUUAUGUAAGAAUAAAACAGAAAGCCAAAAUAUAUAUUUAAAAACCUUAAAUAAAAAUAUAUUUAAUGAACUUAAAAAAUUGUAUAAUUACACAUUAGGAGAUAUAGACAUUUGUAUAAGAAAUAUAUUUUUUGUUGAUUUAUCUUAUUUUUUAAAAUCAAUUACUAUUAAAAAUAUGCUUGACAAUAAGCUAAUGGACGAAGUUUUAAAAUUUAAGGAUUUUAAUUUAGAUAAUGAUAAUAACCAUAAUUGGUUAGAUAUGAAUCCAAAAAUGUUAUAUAAAACAUGUACCUUUUUUUUUGUGAAUGAAAAUAUACGCAACGAACUAGGAAAUAAUGAAACAUAUUUUACAUUUUAUAAAAAUAUGAAAAAUCGAUCUUUGAAUGAAAAUUAUGAUAUUAAUGAAUCAAAAAAUGAAGAAAAUUAUGACUAUAAUGAUUUGCAAAAUAAUAUAAAUAAAAUCGACACAUCCAAUAAUUUAGAGAACUAUGACGAUGAUAACUAUAAUGACAACAAUGAGAAUAACUAUGCAGAAGAUAUAAAUGAUGAUAAAAAUGAUAAGGAUAAUGAAAUUGAAUUGGGGAAAAUGGAAAAUUAUUUAAAAAAUUUAGCUAUUAAAAAUUUGUAUUCUAUAAUAUAUCAAAAUGAUUACAUUAAAAAAGAAGUUUAUCUUUUAUCACAGAAUGAUAAAUUAAAAGACAAUAUAUAUGAUUAUUUAUUUUUGCUAUGUUUAAUAGUUAGUAAAUUAAUUUUUUGUUUUAUUUUAAUGGCAGAAAAAUUAAGGAUUUUCUUCUACCAUUUUAGGAUUUUAUAUACGACAAAUAGUUAUGAUAAUAUAUUUUUAAAUUAUGAUCUAUUAUAUAUGCAAGAAGUUAAUAGAAAGAUUAAAAACUAUAUAAAGAAAUAUCCAGAUAUUCAUUUUUAUAUUGAUUAUGACAAUAAUGAAAAGGAAGAAAAUAAAGGAUACAAUAACACUUCUUAUUAUAGUUAUAAUAAAAAUGCACAAUUAAAUGGCGAAGAAAACUUUGAAAAUUCUUACAAUAAUAAGAAUGAAGUAAUGAACUCGGAAAAUAACAGUGGUUUAUUUACAAAAAAUAAAAAAUUAAUAUCUUAUGAUGAGGAAAAAGAGCAUUUUCAUCAUUUAAAAAAAGGUGAAAAAUAUAGUAUGAAUUGUAAAUUUUGUAUAAAAUUUAGGAAGGUUCAUAAGAUACACAAAUCAUAUCGAAUUUUUAAUUUAUUCAAUGAAGAUGAGAAAAAUCAUAUAAAAAAUAUGAUCUACUAUGGUAAAACUAUUCGAACAACUAUAUUUUUAAAUUGCCCUUAUGAGAAUAAUAUAUAUAGCAAUUUUAGCACUUUUAUAAAUGGUCAAGAAUAUUUCGAUGAUACUAAUGAAAAAACUAAAAAUGAUGAAACGUCAAAUAUAUUUGAUAAUUCUAAAAGCGAAAAAGUGGAUAAAAUGGAAAACAAUGACGGCGAAAACGAUGAUAUAAAUAUAGAUAGCGAUAAAAAAAAUGAUACUAAAGAUAAUAAAAAAAAAAAUAAAGAAAAUCACAUAAUCAACAAAAUUAAUUCAUAUUGCAUAGUUGACAAUAAUGAUGAUUUAUUAUAUGGAAAAAAAAUUGGAAAAAAUCAUUUUAAAAGAAAUUAUAAAAGAUUAUUAAAUCAAUAUCUUUUAGACGAUAUAGAUUUUUUUGGAAAAUGGAUUAAAAAUUUUUCUAUAUAUGCAUUGAAAAUAUUAAUAUGUUGUUUAAGUAGUAAUGAUAUUAUUGUUAGAAUUAUAAGUUUAAAAGGGUUAUCAAUUUUUUACCAACUUAUAGAAAAUUCAUUUUUUCUUUACAAAAUAAAAAAAAAAUUAAAUUCAUUUAGAGGAAAAAAUUAUAAUAAUACGGAUGAAAAUAAUGGUAUAUAUAAAGAAUUUAUGGAGAAUAGUAUUGCACGUAUAAAUAGAAAUAACAAUAACAAUGAAAAUAUUAAUCUUGGGAUCGGAACAAAUAAAAAAAAUUUUGUAAUUCCAUUUAAAGAAUUAUUUUAUCUAUAUUUUUUCAUGAAAAAAUUAAAAUAUUCAGUAGAUCAAAAUUCGUAUUAUAUAAAUCCUUGUAUAUCAUCUUACUCCAUAUUUUUAUUAAAUGAUUUGUACAAUCGAGCAAAUAUUAUAGCAACAUUGAAGCAUCUAAUUAUAAAUAAAACGUUUUCGGUUUAUUUUUUUUAUGCUUAUUUAGACAAAAUGUUUACAAAUGAAAAUCUAGUAUCACUAAAAUUGAUAAAUUUUUUCAUUAUCUCGGUUCAGUCGUUGUAUUCAAUAGGGUAUAAUAUAACAGCAGAUGAAAAGGAAUGCGAUGGGGAAGAAUCUCAGAAUCAAAACUUUAAUAAUGAAAAUAAUGAUGAAUAUUAUAGCGAAAGAAACAACAAUUAUGAAGAUGAGUAUGCAAAUAAUAAUAGAAGAGGAAAUUAUACAGAAAAUAAAAAUAAUAAUCAUGUUGAUAAGAGUUUUUUUGUAACUUCUAAUAUUGGUAAUAGGAUGAUUCAUAAUUUUGAAAAUGAAGAAGAUGAUAACGAUGAAGAAAUAGAGGAUAAAAUGAAUGAUGAAGAAGAAAAUGUGGAUAAACCAGUUUUAGAUAAAUUGCAACAUAUUGAAGAAAGUCACAAAAAUGCAGUAAACUGUAUUUACAGUAUUUUAAAUAAAAAACAAAUUUUUGAAAUUUAUAUGUCCAUGUUUUUUAAUAAUUAUUCAAAUUAUAAUUUGUUAAAAAACUUUCUAAUAUUGCUUAUUACAUCAACUAAUGUAAUCGAUGUAGUUUAUAUGAAACAUGACGAUAUUAAUUGUACUGAACCCUGCAAUGGAAAUCAGAAGGAUCAAUUAGAAGAUAACAUAUAUUGUGAUGAAAAUGAAAAUAAUAACAACUCACAUGUGAUAGAUGAUAAGAAAAAUUAUGAUGAUAAUGAAGAAGAUGGAUGGACUGAAAAUAAAAAUAUAAUAUACAAGGAUGAUGAUAAUUUUAAUGAAAACGAUGAAAAUAAAAAUUAUGAUAAUACUAAUAUGAAUAAUAUUGGUGUUCAAUAUUAUGUUAAAAAUAAUUUCGUUAUAAAAUUAAUUACCAAAAACAAUAUUUUUUUAUGGAUCAAUUCAUUAAUACAUAAAAAGCUUUUUCACGAAGAAAAUUCAUUAAAUUAUCCUUCUUCUUUUAUUUUUCCAAUUUUAAACUUUUAUGAUUUAACGAAUAAAAAUGAAAAUUAUUAUGUUAAUUAUAUUUAUAAGAAUAUAAAAAAUUUUAAAAAAAGCACCGUCAAAUUAUCUAUGCCACUCUUUUUAAUAAAUCAAUUGAAGUUUAUUGAGAAUAACAUGCAAAUUCUUGAAGAAAAAAAUUAUGAUGAAAUGAAGAAUGAUGAGGAAAAAAUAGAAAACAGCUACAAUGAGAACAAAGAAGGAGACAUUGAAGAUCCCAAUUUGAGAAACACUAACAAAGAUGAGAAAAUAUAUAGUGACAAUGAUAGUAGCAAUAGUGAGACUGUUAGUGUCGAUAGAAAUAGCAACAGUAUCACUGACGACGAAAGUGAUAUAUAUAAAAAUGAAUAUAUGAAUGGCAACGAGUUAUCUAUGCUGCAACAUUUAGAUGACAUAAUUAAAAAAUGGCAUAUGUUAGGACAUGUAUUUAAAGAAAACUAUGGAAAAACAUCAGGUAUAUUGUUAUACUUAUCAUUACUGACCAAUAAUAUAGUGUCUAAUUUGUUUUAUCCUAGUGUAGAUUAUUCGCAUAUUUUUGGAAAUAGUUUAUUAAAAGAAGAAAAGGAAAAAAUCAAAAAAUUUAUAUUAAAAAAUGGAUAUAAUUUAAUAUAUAAAAAAAAUGAAAAUAAUAAUAAAAAAUUUGAGAUAUGGAAUUUUUGGUAUAAUAAUUUUCAUAAAUGCAUAUCAUUAAAAAUUCGAGGAAAUUUAUUAAUACAUAAAAAAGAUAUCAGUUUGAGGAAUUCGAAUUUAAAUAUAUUUUCAGAAAUACUAAAAAUUAUAAGAAAAUUGAAUAGAAGUUUAUAUUACACAUUCUUUAAUUUAUAUCAUACAGAAUAUUAUAAUUUGUUUAUUUUUAUUAGUGGAAAGAAGAAAUAUAUUGCAAAAAAAAAUAUAUACUUGAAAAAAACUAUUAGCAAUUAUGUAAAAAUCUGUAAAAAGUUUAUUAAAUAUAUUUAUCUUUUAUUUAAUAUGGUUUUUAAUAUUUGUACUAGUUUAUAUGACACAGCAACAUCAAAUGAUAAUAUAUUUCAAAAUUCAAUAUCAACAAAAGUAAUUGUAGACAAAUCUUUUAUGAACAAUGAUAUAAGUUUAAUUGUGAAUGAAUUUAUUUUAUUUUUUGAAAAUAUUUGUAUAAUCCUCAAUUAUUUUAAUUCCCAAAAAAUGAAAAAAGAUAGUACUGAUUUUGAUAUUGAGCAAUUCAAAAAAGGGGAAUAUGAAGAACAAGAAAAAAACAUACAGGAUAGAAGUAGAACAAUUGAAACAUUUUAUGUUAAAAUUCAUACAAAAUUAUUAAAAGAAACGUAUAAUAAAAUUCCACAAAAUUCCAAUUAUUUCUUAUACAGAAAAAUCAUAUUAUGCGUAUUACAAAUGAUACAUAAAAAUUGUUUUAAAAAUAACAAACAUUUUUAUUAUAUCUUUUUAAAUAAGCUAAUUACUAUGUAUCAUUUUAUUAAUGUUGAUAAUCGACCAAAGCUAUACUUAUACAUAUUUGAGCUUUAUAAUAUUAUUAAAAAAGAUCCAUUCGAAUCAAUACUAAAGCAAAUUUUUUAA